AAAUUUCUCCCUUCGCAGUCGUCCUUGUUCGGAAUCAAUAGACAACAGCAACAGAGAAGAUUUGUACAUCAAUCCUGUAAUAAUAAUAGUAACAAUAUAAAAUAUAACACGAGAAUGCCAUCUUGGAAUUAUCCUCAAGCUUUUAGAGAUGAAUCAGCCAUUGAUACUUAUCAGAGUGAAACAAGAGGGGAGGUAAAAGUUGCUGAUCCAUAUCGUUGGUUGGAAGAACCAUACAGUGAAAAGACAAAGGAAUGGGUUUCUCAACAAGUUGAUCUUUUUUCAAAAUAUAUGAUGGAAGAAGGAAUUGAAGAAAAGGUUGGAGCUACAAGAGAAGAAUUGGUUGAUCAACUUACAAAAAUGGUUAAUUUUGAAAAAGUUGGAUGUCCAUUCAAGAGAGGUAAAGGUGACUUGACUGGAUAUUAUUAUUUCAAAAAUGAUGGUUUACAAAAUCAAGACGUCAUGUGGGUCAGAAGAUCACUUGAAUCAGAUGAAGCUGAAGUAUUCGUUGAUCCUAAUACAUUCUCUGCUGAUGGUACUUCUUCAAUUAGAAGUAGUGCUUUCACUAAGAAUGGCGACUAUUAUGCUUAUGGUUUAAGUGAAAAGGGAAGCGACUGGCAAACUAUUAAGGUUAUGGAUGUCAAGACUAAGGAACACUUACCUGAUUCUAUUAAGUUCUGUAAAUUUACUUCAAUUUCUUGGACUCAUGAUUCUAAGGGUUUCUUCUACACCAGAUAUCCAGAACCAAAGUCAUCUGUUGAAAGUUUGGGAUCUGAAGUUGACCCCAAUGAAAAUUCCAAACUCUACUAUCACAAAUUGGGAACUAGUCAACUUGAAGAUAUUUUAAUUUAUGGUGACAGGAGCCAACCAAAGUGGAUGUUUGGAGGUUUUGUUUCUGAUGAUGGAUUGUACUUGAUUAUUACUGUCAGUGAAAGCACUGCACCUGUAAAUAGACUCUUCUUUACAAAGGUUUAUAAGAAUGAUGAAAUUGGAGGAGAAUUGGCAUUCGAAAAAGUUGAUCCAAAUGACAGUGAAUCACCAAUCAAAGUUGUUAAAUAUAUUGAUAACUUUGAUGCUGAAUAUGAUUAUAUUACCAAUGAGGGAACCAUGUUCUACUUUAAGACCAACUUGAAUGCUCCAAACUCAAAGGUCAUUUACGUUGAUGUCAACAAGCCAUACACUGAAAUGAAGGAAUUAAUUCCUGAAACUGAGGAUCCAAUGAGCAUUGCCAGUAUUGGUAAUAAUGAUUGCAUCAUUGCAAAUUAUGUACAUAACGUUCAAGAUGUUUUAAAGUUCUACAACCUUUCAACUGGAGAAUAUAUCAAUGAUAUUCAAUUGCCUGCAGUUGGUUCAGUAGCAAGUAUUUCAGCCAAAAAGGAAGACUCAAUCCUCUUUUACAAGUUUGUUUCUUUCAAUCACCCAGGUACAGUCUACAAGUAUGAUUUCAACACAAAGGAAACAUCAGUUUUUUAUCAGACCAAGACUAGUGAUCUAGUUCCUUCACCUGACUCUAUUGAAGUCAAGCAAGAAUGGUAUACCUCAAAGGAUGGUACACAAGUUCCAAUGUUUAUUGUCCAUCAAAAGGAGGGAUUUGAAAAGAAUGGUAAUAACCCAACAUGGCUCUACGGAUAUGGUGGUUUUUCAAUUUCACUUCAACCAUCCUUCAGUGUAAUGAGACUCUUUUGGAUCAAAUACUUUGGUGGUAUUGUAGCCAUUCCAAACUUGAGAGGAGGAAAUGAAAUUGGUGGUGAAAAGUGGCACGAACAAGGUAUUCUCGACAGAAAGCAAAACGUUUUUGACGACAUGAUUGCUGCAGCUGAAUAUCUUAUUAAGGAAGGGUAUACUUCUCCAGCCAGAAUUGCCUUAAACGGUGGAUCUAACGGUGGACUUUUAGUCUCUGCAGUAGUUAACCAAAGACCUGACCUAAUCCGUGUCGGUGUUCCAAUGGUUGGUGUUCUUGACAUGCUUAAGUUCCACACUUGGACUAUUGGCCAUGCUUGGUGUAGUGAUUACGGCUGUUCCAGUGAUCCAAAAGGUUUCGAUUAUUUGAGUGCUUAUAGUCCACUUCACAAUAUUAAGCCUCAAAAGUAUCCAGCCGUGUUGGUAACAACAGCCAAUCAUGACGAUAGAGUCGUUCCUCACCACUCUUUCAAGUAUACUGCCCAACUUCAACAUGUAGCAGGACCUGUAAACGAAUCUCCAUUGUUGUGCAGAAUUGAAGUUAAUGCUGGCCAUGGAGCUGGCAAGUCUUUGGCAAUGUCAAUUAGGGAAAUGGUUGAUGUUUACAUGUUCGCUGCAGCUAAUAUGGGAGUCAAGUACACCAAGAAAUAAAAAUAAGUAAACAUUGUACUCUUCACCUCAAUAAAAUACAUCAUAUUGGC